AUGGGGUAUCUGCAAGCCUUGAUGAGCGCCCUGCUCAUGUGCAGCUUGGUGCUCCUGCUUGCCGCCGAGGAUGGCGAAUCUUUGCAGGGGAUCCCGGGAGGAACCCAGAGGUUAGCAACUCCAUCCAAGCACAAUGGUGAGGAAAGACAACAACGAGCACCCCGGGAACGCCGAGGAGUCGCACUGGCUGGACACUAUCCUUUCCCGCAUCAGGUCACUUGCAAGGAUGCUGAGGGCCAGCCACAGACUUAUAAGAGCAAAGAUUGUCUAUCGGCGGCCAAGAAAAUGUCGGCCUACCAACUCAGUGAAGUGACCUGUAGCACCUGUAAAUUGUCCGUUGUAAGUAGCAAUGGAGAACCGCUCAAGUCCGCGGUUCCCGCGGACCGUCUCCAGCACAUGACGGUCGAGAUUUUGAAAGCUUGCGCAUCAAACAAGUCCAUCAACGUCAGUCCAGUUCGAAAAUGA